UUAUUUUUAUUGUGUCGUUUUAGACACAUACAUACACAUAAUUAUAUAUAAUCGACCUGAAAUCCUGUUAGGACUCCUCCAAACUUUUUUGUUUCCGUUUUGUUCCAAUUGCCUAUUCCAUUCCCUUUUUAUAUUUUAUUUGCGAUAUCACAUUUAUUUUUGGCUUUUGCUAUUAACACCUACAACUAUAGAAAAGUGAACAAUACUGUUUUUUUCUACACAUAUACCCACAUCCACAUAUAUUUUUAUGACAAGUGGUUUUACACUACUGUUUGUCAAUUGUUCAAAGUAUUUUUACUCAUAAACUCGUCACAUUACAAUAAUGUUUCCAGUAGAUUCCAUUCCAGGUCGUUAUUCUCAGGUUCCACUUGCACAAUACCUUUCUCUGACAGGCACGAUGAACGAUAACUAUGCAACCCUGCGUCGCAAUGACGCUAUUCUUGGGACACCUAUAAACCGCAUCAGGCUAGAUAACCCGUCUCUCAGCAAAAGCGGCAAUGAAAAGUAUGGUCUCAAUGACAUGUCAAGAAGCCACCCCACUCUGCAACCUCUGGGCCUCGGUGGCUCAACUUUUAUUCAUAUAAACGAGUCCAAAAAACAUCAUCGUCCUAGAACCAGUUCCGGUGCCAGCUCCAACCCCUAUUCACUGCCAGCACUUUCCCACCGCCAAUCGGCGUCAGCGUACCCUCUGCCGGGUCUUGCGCACACUCUGCAGGCACCUGCCUACCCUCUUCCAGCACCUGCCUAUAUGCCAUAUCCAAGCCGCAAAAGCAUGCAGUCCCCGAGCAUGCAAGGCGGGUACUCCUCAGGGAAAAACUCACCCACUGACACCCUAACAAACACAACAGCAGCAGUAUCUUUGUCGGGUUACGAUAAAAGUAUGUCAUCGCAUAAACGGUCGAGAAACGCGUGGCCAGCGGACAAGACGCGUCAAAUAAUGAAUGUUCUUUUGGACGAGUUCCUUGUUGACCCCUCCUUCCGCACAACUAUUUACCGCAGCCGCGAAGAGCGUGACCACCGGUUUACCCCCUCUGGCCGCAGCAUCUUGCAGGAGUACAAUAAGAUACAGAAUCUCCGUCGUCGGUUUUUUAUUCCGCUGAGUUAUCUCUUACAAUGGGACCAGUUGCGCAACAUGCCCUUGUCCUCACUGUCGGGAACGGUGGAUGGUAGGAGCCGGCAAAAGUUGGGCAUUGAGAAGAAAAUGUCCAAGGAGUUGGAGCUCAAACGCCUAAAGCUUAUUUUUGGUAUGCAAGACAGGAAUGCUUCUUUUUCUUCUUCUUCUUCCUUGUCGGGGAUGGGGGAUGAGCAGGAGUCGGAUAAUGAGCAGGAGCAGGAGGCCGAUACGGAUAAUAGAAAGCCGGUUUUCGAGCUGGAUAUCUUUGUUACAGAGCUGAAGCUGAGAGACCCACUUCUGUGGGCACGCGGAUAUGCGGCAUUCCAGCUGUGGACAUCACGCAAGUCCUCUAUUAAUUUUAUCCUCAACCAUUGAGUUGAACAUUUUUUAAUCAGUGUUUUCUCCACCACAUCCAUCCACACACCUCUCCAAUCUAUUUUAUGUACAUUUUAUUUUAUUUUAUGUUUAUUCAUUACAGUUUCUAGUUCUUUAUUUUUUAAGAUUAUUAUAUAUAUUAUUUAAUAUAACAUGCCAUGGCACGUUAUGGCACUUUAAAU